CUGGCCGGGGGCCGCGGCGGGAGAGCGGGGCACGGCCGGACGCUGCCGGUGCUCCGCUCUGCCCACUGCUAAGCAGGGGCUCAUGGAGGAGGCCCGGCGCCGCCUGAGGGAGUUCGAUGUCGGGGACAAGUUCUCCCGCUUGCCGCUGCCCAGAGCGGCCGUGCUGCUGCCGCUGACGGUGCGGGAGGGCCGGCUGCACCUGCUGCUCACCGUCCGCUCCAUGCAGCUGAGAAGAUCACCAGGGGAAGUGUGUUUUCCAGGAGGUAAAAGAGAAGCCACUGAUAAAGAUGAUAUUGACACUGCUCUCCGAGAAGCUGAAGAAGAAGUGGGUCUUCAGCCAGAGAAGGUGGAAGUCAUCUGUAGGCUGAUGCCUGGAAUUGAUAAAAUGAAUAACUUGGUGACACCAGUUGUAGGAUUUUUAGAGGAUACAUUCCAGGUCACUCCUAAUCCAGAUGAAGUGAGUGAAGUUUUUCUUGUGCCUUUGGAGUACUUUAUCAAGCCUUUGAAUUACAAGACCUUCCCUUAUAAAACCUCCUCAGGCUACUCAACUCAGGUACACUGCUUUACAUACGAUGACCAGGAACAUAAAAGGUCGUUCAAGAUAUGGGGACUGACUGCACACUUCGCUGUAUUUCUUGCUCUUGUAAUUUUUGGAGAGAGACCUACCUUUGAGGUGGAUUAUGAUCUUGACAACUUAAUCUCAUCCUCUGAGAAUAAUUUCAUUAAUUUGUAUGCAUCUAUACACGAAAAAAAGAAAAGUAAGCUGUGACAACUUGGUCUGGAAAUUAACUUAUUUUGAAAGAGGACAAAGGAGGUUUGUUCAUUUCCUUUGUACCUGUUCUUUGAAAGCUACGCUUGAAUUUUUUUCUAAUUGGAAAUUUUCAAGUUGACAAUCCCUAAUUAGAUUAAUACAAUUUUUAAUCUCUUUUAA